UGUACGUGCACUGAAAUAGGCGAAUAGCGAGAGGCACUAUAGGAUUAUAAGAUUACGGCGCGCGCGAAGGGGUAAAGCAUAUGCCUUUGUCAUCCGCUGUCAUUUGUUCGCCGCCACUUGCCUCGCCACGGCUGCUGGUCGAUCUAAUUUCAUAGUCGAGCACUGUUGUGACAAACGGAGUCUUAACAGCGUGUGAUGCUGAGCGAUAGCGGCUCGCUCUUUCUUUUUUCCUCCCCUCCCGUGUUUUGUUGAUUGGUGUUUUCGACGUUUUCACUCUUUUCUGGCGAAGCGAGGUGGAUUGUUACUUGUAACAAAAGCGAAGCACCCUCGCGCGCAUACAGCUGCUCACUUCACGCGCAUCUUUGGCUCGCGCCUCGUCUUGUUGCAUGGUGUUUCUGGGAGCCGAAGCGGGUCAACCAAUGCAGAAAAGGGAGAAAAGUUUCGCGAGAUUGCCUGGACAACGCAUCGCGGCGAAGAGCACAUUAUAACUAUCCCGAGGGAGGUCCUCAAUUCAGACAGAGACACUCAAUUUACCACAGCUGAGAAAUCUCUCGGUGACCCUCUCAAAGUUCGCAAUUUCUCACUGCUCGCGCUCUCACCCCCCUCCAAGAGCAGCAUAUACAUUAGGUGGAAUCUAUGGCUCUGACAGCUUCUCCUGCACAAGGUAUACAAAUGCUCUCCGUCCAGCCGGACACCAAGCCAAAGGGCUGUGCCGGCUGCAACCGGAAAAUCAAGGACCGCUACCUGCUGAAGGCCCUGGACAAGUACUGGCACGAAGACUGCCUCAAGUGCGCCUGCUGCGACUGCCGUCUCGGAGAGGUGGGCUCCACGCUGUACACCAAAGCCAACCUCAUCCUCUGUCGGAGGGACUACCUACGGUUGUUCGGUGUGACAGGGAACUGUGCGGCUUGCAGUAAACUCAUCCCAGCAUUUGAGAUGGUCAUGAGAGCCAAGGAGAACGUCUAUCACCUGGACUGCUUUGCCUGUCAGCUGUGCAACCAGAGGUUCUGCGUCGGAGACAAGUUCUUCCUGAAGAACAACAUGAUCCUGUGCCAGACAGACUACGAAGAAGGACUGAUGAAGGAGGGUUAUGCACCGCAGGUCCGCUGACCAUCCCCACUACCCCACCGUUUGCAGUUGGGGAAUGAGUUGCGAGAGGACCUGAAGGGGACAUGCAAUCAGACACAAAAGCUCUAGUGUCCUCUCCAGCCCAAGACCCCAUCACAUUGUAUAUACGAAGAGCCCAAAUAAGGGAUGGUGUACUGUACAGAUUAGCCAUAGAGACAUUUUUUUGUAAGGGGGAGAACAUUUGAAGACGAACCAAUACUCUGGUUCUGUUAAAAUGACGCUGCCUGGCGGCUCAAAGUCUCAAUGGCCCGAGUUUGAGAACACAAACAUACAAUCCACUGCAAGACAUCUGUCCAAAACACAAUGAUGCCAUUUUAAUUGCUUUACAGGGUGAAGACCACAUAGUUUAAAUAUAUAUUUAAAAAAAAAUCAGUAUUUAUUGGCGAACAAGUUUGCGAGAAGAAAAGGGGCCAUGUCAACAUAAUUACUCAGGUUGAAUGAGUUUCCUCACUGUCCUUUCGAUUACAAUUUGUUUUUCGUUUACAUUGCGUCUUAACCAGCGACAAGCUAUUUGGAAUAAACACAAUAAACCAAUAAGAAGAAAUUUGAUGUUUGUGUACAUGUCCGGGAACCAAUGAGGUUUCACAGUGCUACCAAGCACAAAUGGCACAGAUAUUAAAUGUCCUGGCUGUUUAGGACAGCUUGGCGAAAGAUUCACAAAAUUGCACCUGGUUAAAACAUGGUGUUCGCAUUUACUAGCAAUCUUUGGGAUUCGACAUCUUUAACAUCAAGUGACGUGAUUUCAUUAGUGACAUUUUGAAGAGAAAAAAAAAAUCACCCUCUUUUAUACCUCAAAAUGCGAACUCUAGGAACAUUUGGGUUUGGCACAUAUGUAAUGUGGUUUGGUGGGUUGGGAAACGAUGGGUUUGUUACUGUCUUCACUGUAUUUAUUUAAUAGGCUUUUCAUCAUUGCGCGUAAUUCAAGGCUCUGUCCAUUGACAUGUUUAUACUUGAACUGAAAGGCUCCUCCAGACUUGACGAACGUCACAUCGUAUUUUUUUGUGCGGCCCAUCAGCUGACAUAAUCCUCUUUAAACAUAAUCAGGUCGCAUAAACUAGGAGCACGUGAAUACCUGGUCGGAGGAUAUUUGUUUGUUUACUAUCGAUUCAAGGCGACACUCAAGCGCAAAUCACUACUGAAGCCUACAAUGUUGAUAAUCUUUUUAUAGGCUAUGAUUACCUUUGGAAACCGAGGGCAUAGUCUAGAGAAAAUAUGAGGACAAACUUAAUUUGUAUAUGGUGGUUGUACAUAUUUUAAAAAAAAAAUCCUUUUUGCUUGCUAUUGUAUAUGGAUUUUCUUUUUAUGUGUUAUUCAGCAUGAGAUGUUUAUUUUUAGGACGUGUACAUACUGUACUGUAAUCAUUUUAAGCACAAAUGUAAUACAGUUUUAUUGUGUUAGCA